AGGGGUGGUUUUCCUGUGCUGAAUUUUUCGAGUGGAUUUUUUUUCUUUCUGUUGAUUCAAUAAAGUGUUUACUAGUCUCAGUACCAGCUGCUUGUUUGUUCUGAAUUCUGAUUAAGGUUAGAGUGUGGAUAAAGGAGGGGAAAACAUGAAGAAUGUUGAAUUUACCUAAUUCAUAGUGUUCUGGAAUGCAUCUGGUAUACAUAAAGCUAUGUAUCAUGAAUAAAAAUGUUUUUAAAUGCAUUCUUUCAUUUUACACAUCAUUACAUCUUAAGUUUUAUUUUCUCUUCUGAGGGAACCAAUGGGUUGAGGUACUAAAACUAUCAGAUGUUGCAAAGCUGAGGACACAUGGUAGAAGUAACUUUAAAUGUUUUUAUAUUUAGCAGAAAGCUUAUAACUCUGCUUUGAUUAAAGAUGACCUCCUUGUUUGCUCAAGAAGUUCGCCUUUCUAAAAGACAUGAAGAAGUAGUAUCACAAAGAUUAAUGUUACUUCAACAAAUGGAGAAUAAAUUUGGAGAUCAAAACACAGACAAGGCAUCUCAGAUUCAAGCGGCUAAGGCUGCUUAUAAAAGGAACCUUAGUCUUUUAAACGAUAUAGAAGCAGCAGCAAAGUCUCUGCAGACCAGGAUUCACCCACUUCCACGGCCUGAGGUGGUUUCUCUUGAGGCUCGUUACUGGGCAUCAGUAGAAGAAUAUAUUCCCAAAUGGGAACAGUUUCUUUUGGGAAGAGCACCAUAUCCUAUUGGUGUUGAAAAUCAAAAUGAAGCAGAAAAAGAAGUACAGCAAUAACAUCUUCACAUGCUAGUUCAAAAACCCUGUU